ACGACCCGGCUUUCCACAUUCGUUCGACAUUCGCAUCUUCCGCUCUGCCGGUCGGUCGGUCGGCGCGGGUCCCGAUGGCUGCGGCCGCCGAGGGGACGAGCAGGCGGAGGAUCCUCGACUACCUCAACGACGGCGAGGAGUUCGGGGUCGCGGGGCCCUCGUCCGCCGCCCCGGCGACGCCCAGGGCGCUGGCUGCGGCCAGGUCGCUGCUGCCCAGGUUCCGCUGGGCGCGGCUCGCCAGGCUCGGCGGCAAGGCCCGCGCCGGCGACGGCAAAGGGCGGCCGCCCACGGCGGUGGUCGAUGACGAGAUCGUCGCCGCGGAAGAGGAGGGCGAGCCGCGGGACGCCUCGGGUGCCUCUGCCUCAGCGGCGGCGGCCGGCGGCGGCGGCGAGACGACGAGGCCGUCGGGCCUGGGCGUCGGGCUGAGCCUGGUGUUCCUGCUGGCCAAGACGUCCGACGAGUUCAACAAGAUGGCCAGGGUGAGGGCCGAGAUGGAGGCGCUGAUCAGGGACUUCAAAGGCCAGCAGGCCAUGGCGACGGCCAACGCCCGCGGCGGCGACGACGACGCGUCGGGGGCCCUCAACCCCGAGUCCGCCGCGUCGAGCUGCCUCACGGACGGGAACGAACCGCAGGCCGCGACCGCCCGGUGCGAGGACCAUCGUCGCCGUCACCAUCGGCAUCAGGUCGCCUCGUCCUCCGGCGCGGAGAUGGAGGCGGCGAGCCGCAGGAGGAUGGACGUGCUGGAGGAGGAGUUCCACGCGGAGCUCGAGCGCGUUCGCGCCCGCUACGGCCAGGACACGCCGCCGUUUUCGACGGGAGAGGGGCGCGACGAGGGCGGAGCAGAGCCGUCGGACGACGACGAGGACGGCAUUGCCGACUGCCGGCAGGGAUUCGAGAGCGACCUCGGCGACGACGACGACGACGACCAUGGCAACAACAACGACGAGGAGGAGGAGGAGGACGACGACGACGCUGAUCGGUACCACGGCGUCUCGGCCAUCGAGCUGGAGAGGAGGCUGCACGAGCUGCUCCACCAGAGGAACCAGGAGCGGAUCGAGGAGCUGGAGGCCGCGCUGCGGCGCGCCGAGAAGCGGCUCUUCGACAAGGAGAUGGAGGCGUCCCUCUGGAAGGACACCGCCAAGAUGGCCUUCCGCCACGACCACCACCACGGCCACGACGACGACGACGACUCGCCAUGAGGAAUUUCGUGCAGUGCUUUUUGUCGGCAUUAUCAUGGAUCGGCCGUGCAUUACAUGAUUACAGAUGAGGCCAUUAGCCAUGAAUGAAGGUGAAUUUUGGGACUUUUAAUGCGUGAAGUGGAGGCAAUCGAUCAGUUAGGAUGGGCCUUGUGUACAAUAUGUUACUACUGUUAGCAACUUAUAGCUGGAGCUGUUCAUACCGCCAGGGUUUAGAGUCAUAGCACUGUUGUAGGUUACAUGGGCAUGGCUUGGAAUAGGAUGGAACAGGAUAUAUAGGAUAUGCUCAGCUAGCAGCCUCACUGAUUUUGUGAUCCAUGUAAUGCUACCGAGUUCAGUGUCUGUUCAUGCAUAUCACUCAUAUGCAGUUUCAGAAUUAGUACAGCAAUUUUACAUA